UUGAAUCGGCGGAGGAAGGAGGCCAGGGAGAGCAGCAGCGGCGGCGGCGGCGGCGGCGAGGCUAGGGUGUGCGGGAGGGGAGUAGCAUUGUAUUUAGGCAUGCAGGGGAGGGCUAUGAAGCCGGUGUGCAAACCCAGUGCGGAUAGGAUCACCAACCUUCCUGCGGAUGUGACACUGCGGAUUCUCGAGCUCUUACCUGUCAAAGAGGCUGCAAAAAUGGCCGCAUUGUCGACGACGUGGAGGAGCCACUGGAGAAGUGUUCGUCGACUUGUGUUCGACAACGAUUUCGCUGGUGCUAAAUCGAACAAGAUGAUGGACAGGUUAAUGCUGAACAUUUACAGAGUUCUGCUGCUCCACGACGGGCCAAUAAGAAAGUUUUAUUUCUUGUUUUCUGGAUUGCGGUCCUGCUAUGAGUAUGAGAUCGAUCAGAUCAUUGUCCAUCUUUCUAACAGAGGUCUCCAGGCAUUCGCCCUCGCCCUUUCUCCUGCAGACAGUCAUGUCUACAAGUUACAUUCCGCCCUGUUUUCCUGUCUUCAACUGGAUGAGCUGAGUCUUGUUUGCUGCGAAUUCAGACAGCCAUCGUGGUUUGUGGGGUUUGGUAAGCUUAAGAAUCUUUGCGUGAUGCGAGUAGCCCUGCCUGCUGAUUUCUUUGAGAAUUUCCUUACCAAGUGCCCGAUGCUUCAAGUUUUGUUGGUCGUUCAUUGUGUUGGUCCUGGUAAUCUUCAACUUGUGGCUCCACGUCUCCGAAAAUUCACCUUCCGUGGGAAUCUGAAGAAGAUCAGCUUCAAGCAUACUCCAUUUCUGAACUCUGUUUCUAUUGCUCUCAAUGGCCACCGCGAAGAAGUCGAGAAGCCUGUUGACACUGUAGCUUUAUUUGCUUCCCUCCCAUCACUCCAAACAUUUGCAGUCGACUUUCAACUCCUACAACUGGACAGUAGCCAUCAAACUCAUCCCGCCAAUAAUGAGGCGGUCACAAACAUUCGAAGGUCGUUGGAAGCAGAGGAGCGUCGUGGAGUCUGGUUUUGUUUGCGGCAUCUUAGAGAGUUUACAAUUCAGGAUUGUCUGGCUACACAGAGCGAGCUGGACCUGUUGAGGUUCGUGCUGGCCACUGUUCCGUCACUAGAGCGUGUGUCCAUCAAGUCGUUGGAUAGAUUGGCCUACAAUACGAGAAUCGAAUUCAUGAAGAAGGUGAUGACGUACAAGCGUGCCUCUGCAAAUGCAACAGUUGUAUGUGACUGA